CGUCGCGACAACGCCGAAAAACAAAAAACAAAAAAACGAGCGAAUAAAUUAACAAUUUCGUUUCGGCUGUAAAUAAUUCGCAUCGUCGUGUUGCACUGAAAAAUCGCUUGUAAAUUGUUGUGUCAUUAAUUGAGCCAAAAGACAAAACAAACAAAAAGUCGACACAGUGCGCUGAUUGUUGACUCCAAUUAAAAUUGCGACAAAUUUUCAAUUUUGUUUAUUUCGGUUUCGGUGUUAUUUCGGUCGCCUGACAAUCUCUAAAUUACAUUUAAAACGUAUCCAACAACGGCAUCUAAUUAAAUCCAAAUAAAUUGCAUACAUCAGUCCCAGUCAAUAAUUCCAGUCGCCAAAUCCGACAUAUAUCCAAACAUUUUGAGAGAUCCAAUCUGGCGAGGGAACCCAGAACAGGAAACAAUUGGAUUCGUCUGAGAAAUCGAACAUGGACCUGAAAAUGGAGCUGGGAGGUUACGUGCAAUCCGCGCCCAACACGAAGCGGUUCGUUGUGGAGGACUCGAUUACCAAGGUGACCUCCGAUGGAGAGCCGCACGGAAUGAUGACAAUGGUGGCCGGAUUGUCCGGACUCUUGGCGGCCAUCAUCAUCCUGGCCGUGCUCGUCUCCAUGGUGGCCUGUCGCAAGCAGCGGAGCAACACGAACCGGAAGAGCAACGCCUCCACCAAUGUGGCCAUGACCAGUGUUCCCCAGGAUCAGCCGCAGUUGGCCGGGAAUUUGAACGCCGCGUUUGCGGAGAGCACUCUGACCUUGGACCAGGACAAGGUCAAGGACAAGGAGGCCCAGUGGCGGCCCACUUCCGUGGUGGUGCAGCGGUAUUAGCUCCGAAGGCUAUCCCCAACCUCCAACUACUGGAUGGGCACGUGAUGUUUUUUUGUGAACGUUUGAGACUGAGACUUAGCCUAAGGAUUUCCAUCAUCAUCUUUUAUCACAUAUGGUACUUUUUUUUGCUUGU